CAAAAAGUAUCAGGAGUUGUCAAGGCUCUGGCGGAGAGGCAGACGUGGUUUGUUGAUUCUUUAAAGACUAAGGAAGAAGUUUGUGGUCUCAACAGGACCAACUUGCCCGAGGAAGUGAGGCGUUUUGCGACUUCAGUAAAGUUACUGAACCCUUCGAGGUACCUGCAGUGAACCUCUGGACUGGACUUUUCCUUUCGCACUGGUGAGGCAAGCGACCGCUGAAAUGUAUAGUAUGAUGGAAACCGAACUUAAACCCCCUGCACCCCAGCCAACUGGGGGCACGGGGAACAACAACAGUUCUGGAAACAACCAGAAAAACAGCCCGGAACGAGUUAAGAGACCUAUGAAUGCCUUCAUGGUGUGGUCGAGGGGACAGCGAAGAAAAAUGGCGCAGGAAAACCCCAAAAUGCACAAUUCGGAAAUAAGCAAAAGGCUCGGGGCCGAAUGGAAACUUCUUUCCGAGAGCGAAAAGCGACCUUUCAUUGACGAAGCCAAGCGUCUCCGCGCUCUCCACAUGAAGGAACAUCCGGAUUAUAAAUACAGACCCCGGCGGAAAACCAAGACCCUGAUGAAAAAGGACAAGUACACCCUUCCAGGUGGGCUUCUUGCACCGGGCGGCAAUGGCAUGGGCGGCGGGGUGGGUGUUGGGGGUGGCUUGGGCGGUGGGGUGAACCAGAGGAUGGACAGUUAUGCACAUAUGAACGGAUGGACAAACGGAGGCUAUGGCAUGAUGCAGGAGCAACUUGGCUACCCGCAACACCCGGGACUGAACGCGCACAACACAGCACAAAUGCAGCCCAUGCACCGUUAUGACAUGAGUGCGCUUCAGUACAAUUCUAUGACAAGUUCGCAGACGUACAUGAACGGCUCACCAACGUAUAGCAUGUCCUACUCACAGCAAACCACCCCUGGAAUGACUCUCGGCUCAAUGGGUUCGGUUGUCAAGUCCGAGUCCAGUUCGAGUCCGCCGGUUGUCACCUCUUCCUCACACUCAAGGGCUGCCCCGUGCCAAACCGGGGACUUACGGGACAUGAUUAGUAUGUACCUGCCGGGCGCGGAAGUUCCCGAGCAAACUGCCCAAAGCAGACUGCACAUGUCCCACCAGUACCAGAGCGCACCUGUACCCGGCACAACGAUUAACGGCACCAUCCCCUUAUCCCACAUGUAACCAAUGAACAUUUUAUAGCAGAAAACUGGACUACUCUGGACUUAUUUUUGUACAG